CGGUCCCUCUGCUCGGGCUGGAUGAACAUUUAGUUGUAGGUCGGCCUACAGUGGACCUCUGGUUUGUUUAGGACUAGUGGCGACACGUCGAAGUGUGCACGGACGUAAUAUUCCCACGCUGUACUUGUUCAAACUAGUCAGCAAUAAACUCCAGAUGUUUUGAAUGUGGCAAAUGUUUCGAAACACAAGAAGACAUCCCGUGAAAGAAACGCACGAGGUGCACAGCAGAGGUUUGAGACGGGUAACAGUCACGCGCGCGCACACACACACCUGUGUUUCCCCCCGACGGUGAAACCAGUGACGUGACGUCACACCUGAAAGGGCCGCGGCUCUCUCGCUGAACAAGUCCGGAGGCCGGUUUUUCUGGAUGAGCCCAAAGCAUUUCCCGCCUUCCAUCUCCCGAAGACAGCCGGCGGUUAAUUAAGAGCCGACACCCGGAAACACGCGCUCACUGUCUGCGGGGCGACGUCGGCGCGGGACGCAAACUCAACAGAUCUGAGACCAUCUAAUCAACCCAGGUGACAGGAUGGAGAACCAGAACCAGGUGCUGGAGCAGUUGCGGUCGGUGUUCCGUUCGGGCAUCACGAUACCGGCGCAGUUUCGCUUGUCUCAGCUGAACCAGCUCAUGUCCAUGAUCCAAGAGAACGAGGAGGUGAUUUUAAAAGCACUGCACCAGGACCUCGCCAAGCCAAAAUUUGAGGCCAUCAUGUCCGAGGUUGAUAUCGUGGUCAACGAGCUGCACUUCGCCAUCGCUAACUUCACAAGCUGGAUGCAGCCAGAGUAUGUCAGCAAAAACCUGGCCACAAAGCUCGAUGACUGCUUCGUUCGGAGGGAGCCGCUGGGAGUGGUGCUGAUCAUCGGGCCCUGGAACUACCCCCUCCAUCUGCUUCUCCUACCUUUGGUGUCAGCCAUUGCUGCAGGAAACUGUGCGGUCAUCAAGCCGUCAGAGGUCAGCGCCCACACGGACCGUCUGAUGGCAGAGCUCAUCCCCAAAUAUUUGUCUCAGGAGUGUUACACGGUGGUUCGUGGUGGAGCAGAGGAGACCACCAGCCUUCUGCAGCUUCGCUUUGACCACAUCUUCUACACAGGUUCUCAGGCCGUGGCACGCAUCGUCAUGCGGGCCGCCUCGGUCCACUUGACCCCGGUGACCUUGGAGCUGGGCGGCAAGUGUCCAUGCUUCAUAUACGGUAGGGUGGACAUCGCGGCCGCCGCCCGCCGCUUGGUUUGGUCAAAGUAUUUCAACGCCGGCCAGAGCUGCGUGGCGCCCGACUACGUGCUGUGCUCGCCAGCCACGAGGGACGCCCUGCUGCCGGCGCUGCGCCAGACCCUGGAGCAGUUCUACGGCAAGGAGCCCCAGAAAAGCCCCGACAUGUCCCGCAUCGUGUCAGACCGACACUGGACUCGACUGAUGGAGCUGCUCAAGAAGACCUCUGGAAAGGUCGUGGUGGGAGGAGAGAGCGACCAGGAGGACAAGUACAUUGCUCCCACAGUCUUGGUGGACGUGAACGAGGAUGACGCCCUGAUGGCGGAGGAGAUCUUCGGCCCCAUCCUGCCCAUCCUUACCGUGGAGUCUGUGGAGGAAGGCAUCGACUUGAUGAACCGCCAAGAGAAGCCGCUGGCCCUCUACGUCUUCUCCGACGAGGCCUCUGUGGUGAACACUGUUCUGGAGAGGACCAGUAGCGGAGGGUUCUGCUCCAAUGAUGGGAUCAUCCACAUGUGCCUGCCAACUCUGCCCUUCGGGGGUGUAGGGACGAGCGGCUUCGGCAGCUACCACGGCCGCUGGGGCUUCGAGACGUUCAGCCACCGGCGGGCCGUCAUGCUGCGCGGCUGGGCAUUGGAGAGACUCAACGGCCUGCGCUACCCCCCCUACCAGGAGAACAAGCUGAGCUGGCUGCGCUGGACCACCUCGGCCAAGAGCAGCUGCUCGCUCAUGUGAUGGCGUCUGCUUGUUGAAAAGAUGGCACAGUUUUAGUACCGUGCGCAUGGAUGGAUCUGAGAUGUUCAACUGGAAACCAGGUUAAUCAUACCAUCCGUAUGUUGGGAGGUUAUUGAAAAAGCCAUAUUUUGUAUCUACAGUGCUUUUAAGAAUGUGUCCUAUUCUGUCCCACCUUCAGCACUUUGUCAGCGCAGUGAUUUAUGAAUUGUGGUUAAUCUUCUGAUGAGGUCAUCGCCCUAUUGUUCUUAAUACCCUCAUUUCAUUCAUGUCAUUUGUCAUUUAUUUGUGUUGCUGUUUUGGUUCAUUUAUUUUAUUUUCUCGUUUGCUGCGUCGAUGCACCGGGGUUCUUGUCUAUGGCGUAAUAAUCUUCCGUGAACUACUGUAAAUACAGUCUUAUUGUCACAUC